AUGGAUGUAUAUGAGAUUAAUAUCAAGAAGGCACCGAGCAAAAAGGAGAUUGAGCUUAGACUGCUGGAGGAGGGUAAUGCCCAUAAUGCAGCACCUGCUCGCAGAUCAGUGGCAACAUGGAUAUCAAUGGGGUUGGCAAUUGAAGAGGCUCAAAUUGCAUUGGUCAUCGAGCUCCAAAGAAUUGGAAGAAGAACUACAGAGACACAGAGAUUAGACAUCACCCAGCAACACAAUUGUCUCCAAGGCCAGAUAGAUGGAUUCACUUGGUCUGCUCUUAUGCAUCUGGGAGAGGGAUUUGAUGCAGACGAUGAUCCUGAUGACUUGAACAUAGACAUUCCCGAUGAUCUUGAUGAUGACCCAGCAGAUUUCACCGACACAUCUGAUACAUGGGCAAACUCCCCUGAGCUCACUGUCAUCCCAUUGCCAUCAAACCUCGGGGUAGAUUGA